AUCUGGUUGCAUUGAGGUUGACGAUGGGGAGGAUAUUAUAUAUAUCGACGAUGGGGAGAAUAUUAUAUGUUGACACCCAAUUUUGUCCCUCCUUUAUUUCCUUGGGCUUCUAAAAAAAAAAAGGAGGAAAAGGCCAAAUUCGGAUCCUAUCAGCCCACUUGUUCAAAUUCGGACCCUAAUGACUUACCCGACCCGGAUCAGCCCAUUAUCCAAUUACCCGACCCGGGCCAAACGAAAUAAUACAUUUCAGAUUAGGUUUUCUCAACAGCAGAGCCGACCCUCAAUCUCUCUCUCAUCCCUUUCUCAAUUUGAACAAAGGAUCGGUUGCCUUCAACAAUGGCAGACCGCGAGUUUGAAAUUUGAAAAUCGGAACCCUAGCACUCAUCUGCUAUAAAUACAACUUGAAAUCGGGGCUCCAAUUCUCUGAAAAUACAAAAAAAAAAAGAAAAGAAAAAAAAGUCUCAUUUUUUUGUUAUUUGACAUCAACUUCAAAAUACGAAACAUUUUUCUUACUCUCUUUCACUCUAUUACUGUUUUGGAAUCCGAGCAUCCGCAAACUCGGAGAUAUUAACAGUCGAGCGUGGAUUCGCGACCCGUUCACUGUACCACAAAAGAUUUAAGGAGGCAUGUUUUAUCUGAGUUUAAUAGAACACACACUGAGAUUGCCGCCUCAUCUCCUAAGUCUUCCACUCAAUGAAUCAAUCAGAGGAGAACUUGAGGGUCUCUUUGUGGAUAAGGUUAUUGCAAAUUUGGGCCUCGCCAUAUCUAUUUACGAUAUUCGCUCCAUAGAUGGUGGUUUUAUCUAUCCAAGUGAAGGGGCCUCAACAUAUACGGUCAAGUUUAGACUGGUAGUGUUUCGCCCAUUUGUAGGAGAAGUAAUAACUGCUAGACUCAAAGAGUCCAAUGCAGAGGGUUUGCGCUUGUCGCUUGGAUUUUUCAGUGACAUAUAUGUACCCGCACCUCUAAUGCCAGUUCCAUCACGUUCUGAACCUGAUCCGGAAAACCAGAACCAAGUCAGGUGGAUAUGGACGUUUGAUGAACAGGAAUAUCCUAUUGAUGGCGUAGAUGAGAUUAGGUUCCAAGUUCAUAAUGUUAGUUAUCCUUCAAUACCUCUUGAACAAGAUAAAGAUUCAAAGCCAUUUGCACCUAUGGUCAUAAAGGGAUCUCUUGAUGCUGAUGGACUAGGACCCAUUUCAUGGUGGAUAUAGCAGAAAUUACUCUAGAAUCUGUGACAAUGAACUAUAUUUAUUUAUUUGUUAUUUUGUUGCAUGGGCCUUUGGUCUAAGGUAAGAGCUCAGUGCGUGAUGUGUGAUCUAGGCGCUCGUCAUGGGUUCAAACUUUGUCGCAGACAAAAUCUUGGUAGCGGAAAAUGGUAGAGGAGUGGGUUCAUUAUCCCACCGAGUUUUGAACUGUACGCCACUGAUCCUCAGGAAUUUCUGAUUAUAAAAUAUUUUUUUAUUUUUGUUGAUAGAGAUAAACAGUGUAAUUCACCUCCUGAGAGAGCAGCAAAAUGAGAUCUUUGGGUUAAUUCAA